AUGGCUAUUGGUGCCAGGAUCCAGCGAUUCUUCAAGGCAGAAAACACAGUCCGGGUGGUGGAGUUGUUGCUAGCUGUUCUGAUUGUUUCACUGUCAUUUGGAUGGGAGAGCAAGGGGAUUCGCUAUGUUGAUCUUAACAAGGGAGAUUACGAUGAGGCGGGCAAUAUUGUUUUCUUCUUGAUGAUUGCAAUGGUCUCCCUGCUGUUUCUUCUGUGUGUCAUAACAUACUCUGUCGUUCGCAGUCCAAGGCUUUUUCCUCCAUGUUUGGAUCUUGUUAUCAGCAGCUCUUUGAGUUUGUUGUUGUUCAUAGCCGCAGUGAUCCUGGCCCAUUCAUUGUCAAGCCUGGGGAAAUCCCUGGCUGUGAGAGAAGCUGGUCUGGGAUUUGCAGCUUUUCAAGCCACACUGGUUUUCAGCCUGGCUUUGGCUGUACUGUUUGCAGUUAGCGCUGCUUUUGCUUUCUGCUACUACAGACGAAAAUCGGACUACAUGAUGAGCGAUUCCAGAAACAUGGCUGACCUUCCCGAUGACAUACCUACAUAA